CAGUGUCUCAAAAUACCCAGAAGUUAAGUACUUAGUUUUGCUUUCAUGAAUUUGUAAUCGGCUCCUGUUGGUAUGUGGCUGGCAUAUCUGACUGCUUUUAGAAAUGAAUGUUUUCAUAUCAGUCGGAUGUUUUUGUCGGUUUGAACUCAGAUGUUUCUUUGCAGAUGAAUAACUUCAUAGUAAAUAGCAAACCGAGUUGUGCUGUAUUUCGAAGGGGUUAAUCCAGUAAUUAGUACGAAAAAUUUUUAGUCGUAUCCUAUAAAGUAGCAUAAAUGUUGUAUGUCACUCGCAUCAGUUUUCGACCGAAAGAAUCACCAAUCGGACUUCUAAUUACUGAAUUCUGUAUCGGUCUUAUGAUUUCCGAUAGAAGACUGCAGUAGUCACAAAAAGAAGAAAAAUAAACAAUGGGCCCUACACAGUUGACAGUGCAUUUUGACAUAUAUAACUUCUUUUGACACUGACUGAUUGUAUUACUGCUAUAUUGGUAGGGCGUGCAUAUUCCUUUUCAAUAGGUAACUCUGAGAAUUAAUAGUUUUCGUAAGCGACUGUUUUAACUUUGUGUCUUGUUAAAUGCUGAAACUUUUAUUGUUAUUCACUAUAUGCGUCCACUGGACUUGAUAUAAUGCACUUGGUCGUAAGUAGUGUUGAAAUACUUUUAUUUCAUCUACUAUCUUGUCAGUAUGAUUUGAUUCAUCGAGGUCGGGUAGGAGUCAUGCUGACUAUCGUUUAAAACGUUAUUUGGAAUUUCAGGUACAUGAAAUUAUCCAGUGUUAUGUUGUGAUGCGAUGUUAUUAAGUAUUCUCUAGUGAAUGACUACUGAAAGCUGAACUCUACUUGCGUCACUUUGCUGGAAUGCUAAAUAUCUUCUGUCACAAUUUAAGUAUGCCAAGUGACAGAUAGCUACAGUUGUAGUCGCGAGAUUUAAAUUUAGCAUGCAAUUUCACUAGUUUAACAUUCAAGCGAAACCGAUUUUAUUCAGGGCUUCGCUGAAUGAUUUGCAGAUGCUUAAAUAAAGCUUUAGAAAAACGUAUUUCAGUGUUCUGUUGUGUUUAAUCUUUUAUAGGCCAAAAUGGAGUAUAGAUAUGUCAGCUGAUGUGUUGGAUAAUCUUGAAAAAGAGGAAUUUUUGAACUGGAGACGAUCUUUAGCUUUGUUAGAAGAAAAAGAGGGCAUAACUCUUACUCCUUUUGAACGAAAUUUAGAAUUUUGGCGUCAGUUAUGGCGUGUUGUUGAACGCAGUGAUGUAGUUGUACAAGUGAUCGAUGCACGACAACCACUUUUAUAUUACUGUGAAGAUUUAGAGAAAUAUAUACGUGAAGUGGAUCCAAACAAAACAUCUGUGGUACUUGUGAAUAAGUCUGAUUUCCUUACUGAACAACAACGUUCUGUAUGGGCACAGUAUUUCAAUACCAAUGGUAUUAAUGCAAUAUUUUGGUCCGCUACACUAGCCAGUGAACAAGCACUCGGGAAAGGUGUUAAUAAUAAAUCCCAGUCCAAUGCUGAACAAGAGGAGAAAAGUGAUGAGGUCAGUGAAGAAUGUGAAGAUGAUUCUAUAGAGGAUUCAACAGAUUCAGAUACUUACAGUGAGGCGAGUACAGUAACCCUUUCUGGAAACAUCAGUAAUGAACAGGAUGUUUGUCCUGUUCAGUGUUCACAACAACCAUCAGAUAAGCUGAACUGCAAUGUAUCCACCGUUUCCAGUAGUGUAAAUAAUGCAGAAACAUCCAUUGAAUCUAAUUCAGAAGUUACAGCUUGUCCUGUAGAUUCAGCGGCUAACGUUGCAACAUGCAGUCCAACUCAUGGUGAAGUUAAUUCAAAGCUUGUCGGAGUUGAAGAAUUAUUGGAUCUACUCACACAAAAAUACAGGCCAUCAAAUUAUCAGUCGAAAAAUCCUUUAACUGUUGGUUUUAUUGGUUAUCCAAAUGUUGGAAAGUCAAGUACACUCAAUGCAAUAUUAGGUCAUAAAAAGGUUUCAGUAUCAGUCACACCUGGGAAAACGAAACAUUUUCAGACUAUAUAUGUUCGAUCGGAUCUAAUACUUUGUGAUUGUCCAGGAUUGGUUAUGCCAUCAUUUGCUUAUUCAAAAGCAGAUUUAAUUGUCGCUGGGAUAUUGUCCAUAGAUGAAAUGCGGGAUUAUUUAGCGCCCAUUGGUUUAGUUUGUGAAAGAAUACCACGUGAUGUAUUAGAAAUCAUGUAUGGAAUUAAUCUGCCUAAAUGUCAAGAUUCACAAUUGGAGAAUAAGUCAAGUCGAACUUUGACACCACAUGAAUUAUUAGCUGCUCAUGCCUUUAUGCAUGGCUUUAUGACAGCUAAAGGUAAUCCAAAUUAUGAUCGUUCAGCAAGGCUUAUAUUAAAAGAUUAUGUAAAGGGUAAACUCUUAUACUGUUAUCCACCUCCAAAUGUCACUGAUCCUGUUGCAUUCCAGUCACUUGGAAGAGAUGAUGGUCUGCCUUGUGGAGUAGGAUAUUUUCCUGAUCAAUCUAAAGCUGAAAGAUUUAUUAAACGAUUUGAAGAGAAAAAUAAAAGUGUAUCGAAUGAAUGUGUUGAUGAGAUUGUGACUGAUUUCGAUCGAUUAGUGUUUAAAGAGAAUCGGUGUCCACGUCAACUUAUGAAAUCUAAUAAACGUAUGCCUGUAUUACGUUCUCAAAUUAACAAAUCAACCAUUAAUGGUGACGAUGAGGAGGAUGAUGAUGGUGCCUCAUCCACUGCAUCUUGGAGCACUGUAGGCUCAGUUGAAACUGUUAGCAAUUUAUCAUGUAUCAGUAAUGGAACAACACAAAUAAUUCUAGAAGAUGCAACAAUGAAAAAACCUUGGCGUUUAUUAAGUCACUCAAAACACUUGAAUUCAGCGCACCAUUUACCGUCUGCAACAAAUCCAAGCGGAACUACUGGAAAACAGCAACAUGUUAAAUCGAAAAAGCGUAAGGAGAAGUUACGUCGUGUCUAUCGUUAUCUUGAUGAACAUGAAAAAACAUAAAGAAAGCAAAAUUUUACUGUCUUCUCUCUCUUCACUUUAUUCCUAACACCCUUUCUGCAUAUACUAAUUUAUUUCAUCUGCAAUACUUUUUACUUUUCUGAGAUUUGUUUAAAUUUUAUUAUUUUGUAAAUAAUAAAAUAAUACUCUUGGAUUUGUUGAAUUUCUUUAUUUUGUCUUAUUGAUGUUGUCGUGUUGUUGGUGGUACGUCUGAGCUUUAUUGUUUACUGUUCAGUACUAUACUCCAGGAUGCAUGUAUUUAUUAGUCCGUUUUUGUGGAGUUUUCACAUUAAUAUUGCGUAGAGAUGAUUUCAUAGUAGGUAUUUAUUAUUCAGGAUUGAUCACAAAUUGAUUU